AUGAAAACACGGUGCAAAUUACUUGGAAACCUUAUCCUUUCGUCUGGUCUGAAGCAACUUCUCAAAUCCCCAAAUUCGUCUUUGGAGGAGGGGAUGCAAUCAGAAGAAAGCGUCCCUCCGCUCCAGCCUACCCCCGGCGUAGAGGCCCGGCCUGAUGACCGCCGUAGGGAAUCGAAGCGCGGCAGGUGGUGCGUGCCAAGGCGGAGUCGCAGCCUGGCAGGUGCUUGCGGGCUCCCUGCCUGCGUGCCGCGUCGGAAGCUGGGCCCAGCGGGGCAGCAGAAGGGGCAUGCAGAUUCAGGGCAGAAGCUUGGAAGAGUCUUUACAGGAUGGGUGCAGCGAUCUUUCCAGAGCACCCAGGCAGCUACAGCCUCCCAGAACACCUGUGCUGCUGAUGACAAGGCUACUAGCUCUGUGCCUAAGGACUGUCCUGUUUGCUCAUACAAUGAAUGGGACCCACUGGAAGAGGUCAUUGUGGGAAGAGCUGAAAAUGCUUGUGUCCCCCCUUUUUCUGUGGAGGUUAAGGCCAACACAUAUGAAAAGUAUUGGGGAUUUUAUCAGAAAUUUGGAGGCCAGAGCUUCCCCAAAGACCAUUUAAAAAAAGCUAUUGCUGAAAUCGAGGAGAUGUGCAAUAUUUUGAAAAGAGAAGGUGUAAUUGUCAAGAGGCCUGAUCCAAUUGACUGGUCCGUGAAGUACAAAACACCUGAUUUUGAGUCUACAGGUAUGUAUGCUGCCAUGCCAAGAGACAUCCUGUUGGUGGUGGGAAAUGAAAUUAUUGAAGCGCCUAUGGCUUGGCGUGCUCGGUUCUUUGAGUACAGAGCAUAUAGACGAAUAAUCAAAGAUUAUUUCAACUGUGGUGCUAAGUGGACAACUGCCCCCAAACCCACAAUGGCAGAUGAACUCUAUGAUCAGGAUUAUCCAGUCCGCUCUGUUGAAGACAGGCAUAAACUGGCUGCUCAGGGAAAAUUUGUAACUACUGAAUUUGAGCCAUGCUUUGAUGCUGCUGACUUCAUUAGAGCUGGAAGAGAUAUCUUUGUACAAAGGAGCCAGGUUACAAAUUACAUGGGCAUUGAAUGGAUGAGGCGACAUCUUGCACCAGACUAUCGAGUGCAUGUAAUAUCCUUUAAGGAUCCUAACCCUAUGCACAUUGAUGCAACUUUUAAUAUCAUUGGACCUUAUCUUGUGCUCUCUAACCCAGACCGUCCCUGCCAUCAGAUUGAGCUCUUCAAGAAAGCAGGCUGGACUGUGAUUCGCCCCCCAGUGCCACUCAUCCCAGAUGAUCACCCACUGUGGAUGUCUUCUAAAUGGCUCUCCAUGAAUGUCCUCAUGCUGGAUGAGAAACGUGUGAUGGUGGAUGCCAAUGAGACAUCAAUUCAGAAGAUGUUUGAAAAUCUGGGCAUUUCUACAAUUAAAGUGAAUAUUCGCCAUGCCAAUUCACUGGGAGGUGGUUUCCAUUGCUGGACAUGUGAUAUCCGCCGCCGUGGUACCCUGCAAUCUUAUUUUGAUUAGUUAUGAGCCAGAUAGGCAGCAAUGGUUCAGCUGCUAAAAUAAGCAUAGGAAAUUAACAAACUAAUUUCACUUUUGUUAAAACAACUGCAUGAGCUCUAGUGCUUGAUCAGUGGUGUCCUUACAGUGGUCUGGUAAAUGAUUUACUCUUACAUACUCCUCGCUUUCAGCAGUAUAAUUGAAACUACUUCCAUCAGCAAAACAGGUUUUCUGGCUGGCUUUUUGAAAGACAUUCUUCAUCUGUGAAGCCAUUUCACAUUGGCUUUGAAUGUAAAAACUUGACAAGCUAGCUAAAGGGUCUUGCUAGAAUAGCUUGGCCACUAAUAUUGGACAUCUACCUCUGUCUAGUUACUCUAUCGAAUAGGCAGCUUGAAAUGUUAAACUUGAGUAAACUUUUCUUAUUCCUUUUAAUCAGUCUGUUGUUCUAAUAUAUUCGUGUUUAAUGAAGUUAAAGUAGAUGCAACUGUACAGAUCUCUUACGGAACCAAGUAAUUUUAUAAUGUUUUUCAUGUUGAGCCAUACAGAUAUUUACAGAGAAUUUCCAGUAUGAUCUAACUUUUAAAACAUGUUCACUUACUUCCUCUGUCCUUCUGCAUUUUCUGAUGCAUUUGUCAUGCAUCUGAAUACUUUUUUGUAUUGCUUUUUGUAUUGCUGAAAUUGGGUUUUAUUUAACUUUGAAGUGUACAAAUGAUAGCUAAUAUUCUGCUUGUACAGGUUUCACCCUGAAUUGUUUACAUAACUUUUUAAAAAAAAAAGGCACAAAACAACAACAAAAAAAACCACUAACAACC